UUAUUUUUGGGUCCAGGUGCCGACAGGUGGCAAAACGGGGCAGAUGUUAUCGUGGACUACAACACAGCAGAUCCUCUUAUCCGCUGGGACUCCUACCAGAACAUCUGUGACGGUGAAGCGCCCCGCUCUCAAGGCCUAACCCGGGACAAAGCGGUGAACAAGAGAAGCCCCGGCGGAGGAGAGGCGACGCUGGGCAGAGGGGCCCGCACCACCUCCGCCACCUCCAGCCCCGACCACAGCGACCACGCCCUCUCCGUCAGCAGUGACUCGGGCCUGUCCAGCACUUCUCUGUGGGCAGACAGACCCGCACCUGCCCCUGCCACCAACAUCACCACCACUACCACCACCUCCACCACCACCAACACCACCACCAUCCGGCCUAACCAGGGCCCCAGCCAGCAGGAAAAGGUCCAGCUGAAGCGCCUUUUAAGUGGCUUCGGUCUCGAGGACUCCUUACUGGGGGAGAUGGGUGAUCAAGGGCCCAGAGUGGUCAUCCAGCAGAUAGUCCCGGCGCAAGUGCACACCAACGGAGACCCCAGACCCCGAGAGAGGGAAACGGACAUCCUGGACGAUGAGGUCAUCACGGGUCACGAUCUGCACAGCGUGGACAGCUUAGGGACCUUGUCGUCCUCCUGCCACAAGAGCAGCCAGAACUCCCUGCUGUCGGACGGCUUCGGGAGUCCCGGAGGAGAGGAGCAGCAGCAGCAGCAGCAGCAGAGCCAAAACCAGCACCACCUCCACCACCCGGCACCCCCUCCCACGGAGGAGUUCGAGAGGGCCUACGCUGAGGCCGGAAGGGGCUGCCUGAGCUCCAGGAGCAACUCCGUGGCCUCCGCUAAUCCCAGCAGUGCUCCCACGGCCAAGCAGCACGUCUACAGGCAGGGCAGCUAUUCCACGCAGUCCUGGGUCCGCCAGCAGCAGUUGGUCGCCGCGCAGCAGUUUAUCUACAUGCCCGAGGACGGGAACGACACGGAGAGGUACCCAGGGAACAAGCAAGGGAGCAGUUCACCCAAGGCCGGCCUGCCCACUGAGCCCCAGGGCCCCGCAAGGGACAUGACGACGGACUCUUUGAGGAGCGCGCCACCGCACAAGGAGCAGGCAACGGUCAACAACAACAACAACCACCACCAGCGUGACGAGGAGUUCAAGUCCCUGACGAUGGACAUCGAUAACUCCAUCGACCAGCUCAACCAGCUGAUCAUGGACCUGGAUCCCACAUUUGUGCCGGUUCCCAGCCACAGCGGCUCCCUCAAGAGGAACGGCGGGACGCGCACGAACGGCUCGGUCUCCAAGUGCCCGAACGGCAUCGAUCUCAGAUUCAGCGAUAAUAACGCCGCAACAGCCCUGAAAAACACACAGCAGACAGCUGUCCAGUCCAGUGACGGACGGGCGGGCGUCACGCGGAUCCUGAGUCGCCAAGGAAAUGAUGUCACGGAUCAACCGGGCUUCUGUUCCUCAGGGUGGGGUGUGACGGAGGAGUACAGGGGCCAGCGGAAGUUCUCCCCCUGCGUGCCACAGUCCCAGCACCCCAUGUUGUACAGGACCGACAGUGCGGACUACAGGGCCCAGGGCCCGGAGAUGGACAGCGGGGUCGAGGCUGGGAGUGACAUGGCUCCGCCCACUCCCGCCUUCCCCAUCUCUCCACCAACACCUUAUGUGAAAAAUAUGUCGGAAUUGACUCACCUCAGGCAAACGCCAUCUCCCAGCAUGCAGUCUUAUGGAGGCUACAGAAUGGACCACGAACCCCGAGGAUAUUCAGAGAUGAUCAGUCAUGUUGGAGGCGAUGGUUUACCAGACUCCUCCAUCAACUGCCACAGGACGCUAAGUGCUACACAAUCUGCCUCUAUUGUUGGGACCCUUCAGUGGACAGACAGUUCCUCCACGAGCCAGUCCUGGCCAGAGCAUCCAGUCCUGACCCGCCACUCGUCUCUGAGCAGCUAUCCCUCGACCAGACAACCGCCGCCGCACUCCAUGCCACUGGACUAUGGCCACCACUCUCCUCCCUUGCACCACCCCCACAUCCACCCAGCCCCCAACGCCCACAGCUCUCCUCGGAGCAGCCAGCGGAACUGCACGGCCCGCUACGUUCUCAGCCGUAGUCCAGCCCAAAGCUUCGACGAGCAGGACCACCCGGGUGUCGGGUACGGCGCGGACUGUCCCAACGCCGCCUCCAAUCUGCUGGGAAACGGAGGCACGGACAGGGAACUUUUGACCUCCGUAAACGGGCGGAGCCAGUCACAGCUGCUCCAGAUGCAGCCCCCGCUUCUGCCUGAGAAGAAGAGGGCGUCCGAUGGGGAGCAUUCGCUGGGAACGGCUUCUCCGGCCCUCAGCGGGUUCUCGAGUCCACACAGUGGGAGUUCCCUGAGUAUUCCCUUCCCCAACGUUUUGCCAGACCUUUCAGCCCAGACGCUGGGCACAGCUUCACCUCUGCCAGAUGUGCUGGCUGGCAAGCAGGUUACUGUAAAAUUUGUGCAGGACACAUCAAAAUUCUGGUACAAGGCAGAUAUCUCAAGGGAUCAAGCCAUUUUGGUCCUGAAGGACAAGGAGCCGGGUUGCUUCAUCGUGCGGGACAGCCAUUCCUUCAGGGGGGCUUAUGGGCUGGCGAUGAAGGUGGCUACUCCUCCGCCCUCAGUCCUCCAACAAACCAAGAAAGGGGGCGAUCUAGCCAAUGAACUGGUGCGCCACUUCCUGAUUGAGUGCACACAGAAAGGAGUGCGGUUGAAGGGUUGCCCCAAUGAGCCCUAUUUUGGAAGCUUAACCGCGCUGGUCUGCCAACAUUCAAUCACCCCCUUGGCCCUGCCCUGCCAACUCAUCAUACCUGACAGAGAUCCUCUUGAAGAUGUUGUGGAGACGACCUCGCAGUCGGUCACCAACUCCGCGGCCGAGUUGCUAAAACAGGGUGCAGCCUGUAAUGUGUGGUACCUGGGCUCCGUGGAGAUGGAGUCGCUAACAGGCGUCCAGGCGGUGCAGAAAGCCACCAGUAUGUCUCUGAGCUCCAGCUCUCCACCGACCUCCACCGUAGUUCACUUCAAGGUGUCCUCCCAGGGGAUCACCCUCACUGACAACCAGAGGAAGCUGUUCUUCAGGAGGCAUUACAAUGUCAAUACCGUCAUAUUUUGUGCAUUGGACCCUCAAGAAAGAAAGUGGAAAAAAGAUGGCUGCCAUUCAGCAAAGAUCUUUGGCUUUGUGGCGAGGAAAACUGGCACUUCCAUGGACAAUGUGUGUCACCUGUUUGCAGAGCAUGACCCUGAGCAGCCAGCCAGUGCCAUCGUCAACUUUGUUUCCAAGGUGAUGAUUGGCUCGCAGAAGAGCAAGUAGGUCUGACUCGGGACUGAGCCGGUCGCCUGGGCAGACUUUUACUAGUAGGAAGAAGAAAUAAAGACUGAAAGGCUGAACAAAGGACACAACGUAAAGACUGAAGAUGGUGACGUUCUCCCUGGAGAUUAACUGGAUAUUACGUACAUAAUGAUCACUUACCAGGACAUUUAAUUACAUCUUUCAGUAGAAACAUGUAAAUAACUUCUCUGCUGUUAUUUUUCUUUCCUGUAAAAUUGUAAAGUAAGAAAACAACAAAACUAUAAUAAAACCAACACAAAUGUAAUGUCUUAUACCGUUAGAUAUAUUCUUUUAUGACACAUAACACAAAGGCUGCAUUUUUAUGGACAAAUCAAGAAAACCGUACCUUAUUUCAUGUUAUCUUUUUCUAAUAUUUAACCAAAACAAACUUCAUUUAAGGUAUUAUCCUUCUGUAAAGUUGUAGCCGAUGUAGACGCGCCUCUGUGCUGCAUCUGUCCACCGUGAGGUAUUUGUUGUGGAGUUUAAAAUGCAGAAAAGUGGCGCAUCCAACAUGUAUAAUUUGGAUUAAGGACAGGCUACAUCUCGUACAGGAUUUUCCUAUUUUAUCUAUGCAAUGUAAAUGUUUAUUUUUUUAAACCAUGGACAUUUGUACAUGCACGGCAUGUAUGUGGCUUCUCUGAAUCUGUUAAAUCAUUUUUCUUCUUAAGAUGUAUGUGAAUAUGACCACUGUGUGUGUGUGUGUGUGUGUGUGUGUGU